AUAUUGCUUUUUCCCCCCUCAAAUCGAUCCAAGCUCACUUCGUCUUCUUCUUUAAGCCGCCAACGACACUCGACCUCUACCCCAUCUGCUCCGUCGAGCAGCCAGGUGACUGUGAUUCCUAUCGUCCUCGCUGCUCCGGCCUCGACCUCGCUUCUCAGGCUCGACUUCGCUGCUUCCCGCCUAGUCUGCACUGCUACGGUCGACAUUUCUGCUGCCGCUCGACGUCGCUGCUCCCGGCUCGGCCACCCAGCUCAAGCAUCCCCGCCGCGUCCAGCUUCCGCCACUUAAUUUUGGGAGGUAUCCUCUUGUGAAGUGCGAAGCAGUGCAGGUAGAGCCACUCUAUUGUCAAGCACGAAGGUGUUUGAUAAAAUGUGCAGCUGAAUAACUUAAUAGGUGGGUUCAUGGUAAUUUCUGGUGCCACUAUGAAGAACGAAGAAAAGACUGAGCUUGCUGGGUUUCUGAAAACUUUACCGCCUGUUCAGUUUUGCUGUGUGUAUGGUUCCACGCUCCAUCCAAAUAACUCUGACAAGUCUUCAAUGGUGGAUUAUAUACUUGGUGUGGCAGAUCCCCUGAAAUGGCAUUCAGAGAAUCUGAAAUUGAAUAGAAGCCAUUAUGCCUCGUGGAUGGUUCACCUAGGGGGAGCAAAACUGGUCACUAAAGUUGCAGAUGGCAUCGGUGUUGGAGUUCACUUCAACCCCUUUGUUACUUGGAAUGACAAGAUGCUCAAAUAUGGGGUUGUUAGAAUGCAUGAUCUGGUUGAAGACAUUCUAAAUUGGCAGAGAUUUUACAUAAGUGGUCGUUUGCAGAAACCAGUUCGUGUGCUUCUGGACAAUUUGGAUGUUGAAAAUUUAAACGCUACUAACCUUAGGACUGCCAUCGCUGCUGCUCUCCUCAUUUUGCCAUCCAAAUUCAACGAGGAAGAUCUCUAUUCCACGAUAUGUAGCCUGUCCUACAUGGGUGAUUUGCGUAUGAUUUUCGCGGAGGACAAAAACAAGGUGAAGAAAAUUGUGCAAGGGCAAUUCAAUUUGUUCCGGUCAAUGUAUAAGCCAUUCAUUGAAGAAUACGAGGCGAAGGAUGUACUAAGAGUCUCCUCAUUUGGUGGGCAACAAGCAAAUCUCUCUCAGAACUGUUGUCUGCCAGCGACACGUUCUCUCGUUUGCUCUCUACCUCUGCUGGUCAGAAAUAAAAUGGGGACAGGACUAGGAGGAUUGGGCGAUUCGGGUCAGGUUGUACGGGAAGUAGUCUUCAGUUCAAGAGAAGAGGCUGCAAGAAGCAUGCAGAAGGUGGUGAGGCGUACAGUAAUUGUUUCCAGCUUAAGGCAGGCAGUCUCUGGCUUCGUGGCUGCUGGAGGAAUGAAUGCUGGUAGAUACCUUGCUAAUAAAGUGCGCAAGGCAUGGAAAUCAUGGACAUAGUACAUCACCACAUCAUUCAUCCAGUUUCCCUUGUUUUCCCCCCUGUUUCUUCUAACUAUAGAUUUUUGAUACCUUGGUAGCUUUUUCAGUUCUUUGCUGCGAACUUAUGCUGUAGGUUAGGUGGCUGGAAUAUUGAGAAUGAGCAAUAAGAGAACACAACUGCACAACAGUUGCCUACUUGUAUCUGCAGUUUACUGGCCAUUUUUCAUUUUGUUACCAGUUCAUUGUAUAUGUACGACAUUUCGGCUCCAGCUCCAAUUAAUUCAUUAAGUCACCAGAGCAA